GUCAAAGGCACCUUUGUAGCUAUCCUACAUGGAUAUGAGGCAUCAUGUCAUGCUGUUAUCUCAUGCGACAUGUGCAUAGCAUCAUGCCAUCUCCGUCAGUGCAGUCAUGUUUGUAUUACGUGUGGAUCGGACUUCGAAGUCCAGCAGCAUCAGCGUUUGACUUCCGUUGGGGUCAUCGGAGGAUCUCCGAGCUUUUGGGGAGUCAAUGUCAGUAUGAGUAUGGUGUUUACCAGGACGGUCAGGGGUCUUGGACGAGUGAAAGGAUGAUUUUUCCGUUUCGACGUCUAUGCAGCUAUCCGAUCAAGAUAUGAGUUGGCAUAAGAUAUUCAAUCUCAUAAUCACUUUUACAUCUGCUCUAAUAACACUUGCAUCCAAUCAAAU